GCAGGUUAGACUUUCAAUGUGCGCAUGCACGCACGGAUCGGGCAGGCUUGCAGCUUCAGUAGCCGCAAACCUUAUUCAUAGCGACAAAACUAAAACCUAGGGAAUUUUGAACGAGUUGCAUUAUUGUAAUUGCUGCGAUGGUGCCAAUGCUGUACGCGCUAAAAAUAUAUGUUGUGGCGUUCACAGUGUUUUGUGUUUGUAGAAGUCCAUAGUUUUGUUAUAGCAUUCCUUUCAUACGGAGCAAAAUCUUUCUCAAGCAUUUAUUGACAGUACAACCAUGUCCGUACAAAGCGACUGCGAUUAUUUGGUCAAAAGAGCAAAAGACCUGGUGAACGAAGACCCCUGGGCUGCCAAAGCAUGGUUGAUCACCGCCAGAACUCUCUAUCCUUCUGAUUUUAAUAUCCAGUAUGAAAUGUACAUCAUUGAACGCAAUGCUGAGAGAACUGCCUCUGCUGGAAGACUACUCUAUGACAUAUUUGUAAAUUUUCCUGAUCAGCCUGUGGUGUGGAGAGAGAUCAGUGUAAUCACAGCAGCCUUACGAAGUGACUGCCAAGACAAAGAGACUGACUUUUUGCGAGAUUUAUUUGAAACUCUUCCGGGAAGAGUGCAGUGCGAAAUGUUGCUUAAAGCCACAGAACAGUGUUUUAAUACUUUGGAGAAAGCUGAAAUGCUACUGCUAUUGCUUAGACGUUUUCCUGAUUCUGUGGUCCAGCAUGGGGUUAGUCUUGGAGAGACGCUGCUUGAAGCUGAAAACAUUGAAGAUCAGGAGACACCUGUUAAUUGCUUUAGGAAAUUAUUUGCAGAAGGGAUUGUAAGCCUGGCACAAAAUUCUGUACAUUACCUAUACCUCUUGGAUAAGGAAUCAAACAGGCACCACACCUACCAGGUUUGUGAUGUUUUGCCACUUAUUAUCAACAAUCUGGAGAUGUGUUUGCCUUCGAAUUUAUUGCUCAAGUACCUUCACAAAUCAGCUGAAUUUUACAUUGCCUAUGUUAGCAAAGCAGCAGUUGCUGAAAGCCAGCACCAAGGUCCUCAGGAUUCAGGUAAUCUUAAAUCCCCCAAUAAACGGAGCUCUCAAAAAUACAUUAUAGAAGGGUUAACAGAGAAGUCCUCUCAAAUUUUGGAUCCCUGGGAAAGAUUACUAGAGAUUCUGAUUAUUGUUGGAGCUCGCUGUGAGUGGCAAAUGGACAAAGGCAAAAGAGGGUUUGCAGAUAUUUUAUCUCGAAUGAAAGAUCUCUGCAGGUAUAUCAACAACUUUGAAAAUGAAGCUCAUUUGAAAUACAGGAACCAAGUGGUUUAUUCAACAAUGCUGGUCUUCUUUAAACAUGCAUUGCAGUAUGUGAACAUGGUGCAAGGAUCUCUGUUUCAAGGAUCCAACACUCCAAACCAAGCACCGUGGAUUCUGGUAGAAGAUCUGUCAAAUGUCUAUGGUGAUGUUGACACAGAGCGCAACAAGCACAUACAUAAGAAGCGUAAGCUUGGUGAUGGCAGGGAAAAACCAAUGAGUUCAGAUGAUGAGGAAUGUUCUAUAAAGUUACGGGGUCGUCAUAUUCUUGUAAACAAAACUGAAUUUCCUGACUCUGCAGAAAUGUUGGAGUGCUUCAGAAUUGCCCGUGAGAGCUGGGAACUACUACACACGCAGGAUGCCUUAGAGAAUGAGUUCAAGAGAAUUUGUUUAUCAUGGAAAACAGACUCUUGGUUGUGGCUGAGGAUAUUCCUGACAGACAUGAUUAUUUAUCAGGGCCAUUACAGAAAAGCCAUUGCAAGUCUCCAUCAGCUGACAGCUAUUCUCUCAACUCAUCAGCAGUCUCCUUGCCAAGGUUCCCUAGAACAGCAUCGGCCUCUUAUCCAACUGGCUUCUUGUCACUUCGCACUUGGCGAAUACAGACUGACUUGUGAAAAUCUCUUAGAUUUGAUGUGUUAUGUUGUACCCAGUGUUCAAGAUGAUGUUGGAAAAGUUCCAGUAGAAACGCCAAAACCAAAGCAAAAGAUUCGUAAAGGUAGAGACCUCAAGCUCCUUUGUUGUUCAAGUAAAGCUGUUAUGCCUUAUUGUCUGCAAAUGAUGCUGGCUUGUUUUAAAUUGCGAGCAUUUACAGAUAAUAGAGAUGACUUGGCAUUAGGUCAUGUAAUUGUUCUGCUACAACUUGAAUGGCCACGGGGUGAAAAUCUCUUCCUUAAAGCAGUUGAAAAAAUCUGUCAACAAGGAAACUUUCAGUAUGAGAAUUUUUUUAACUAUGUUACCAAUAUUGAUAUGCUGGAAGAGUUUGCCUAUCUCCGAACAGCUGAAGGUGGGAAGGUCCACUUAGAGCUACUGCCAAAUCAAGGAAUGCUGAUCAAGAACCCUAGCCCUUCUGUUGGGCUCCUACUGCAGGAGUUUUUACCAAUCCUGCCUCCCGGCUUGCAGACUGUCGACAGGCAUCACACAGUGACCCGGGGGAUCACUAAGGGUGUCAAGGAGGACUUUCGCUUAGCCAUGGAGCGCCAAGUGUCCCGCUGUGAAGAGAACCUCCUGGCUGUGCUCCAUCGCUUCUGCAUCAACGAGAAGAUCAUACUUAUUCAGACGCUGGUAUAAAUAUUCCUAAAAGAAUACAAUAUUAUAUAUAGUUCGUUAUAAACACAUCAAAUCCUGACAAAACAAAAGAAAAAAAUUAGCUUCUAAAGUGUGAAGUGCACUGUACUGCUAGUAUGUUAGUGAAGAAUUUUCAUUUUUGAGUCAGUUAAUAGAACAGCAAGUGUAUUUCUGUGUUUGUUAACAGAGUAAAUGAAAUAUAUUGAUUUUUUACUGUACUUUUAAAUGAGUUUAAUUCUUAAAUACAGAAAUAAAAAGAUCACUAA